AUGGAUUCACAAGAAGAGGUUGAAUGGUGUGACAAAGAGAAAAGCAAUGGAAAUGAUGAUGAUUGCAACUGGCAUGUUCGUGCAGAGGGCUUAACUGGUUCAUCUUAUUUUAUCACCAAAAAGUAUGCACCUCAUCAUUUAUGUGCUCCAUCCAAAAGGAAGGGUUCUGUUCGGACAGCUUCAGCAAAAACAAUUGGUACUCUGAUUACGCAUAUGUGUGAAACUGCUAAAGAAGGACCGAGAUCUAAUGACAUAGUCCAAUAUAUGCGUUCAGAACAUGGAGUUGAGAUAUCCUAUUCUUUGGCAUGGGAUGCACGUGAGUAUGCAAUCAACAAAGGUCACACACGUCUUAUGAAAGGGAUUCUGAAGGGAGAUUCAGAUUCCUCUUCAUCUCUUUUGGCCAGUCUUCGCGGUUUCUAUGCUGCAAUUCGGAAAGUUAUUGUUGUGGAUGGGACGUUCUUGAAGAGCAAAUAUAAAGGGGUAUUACUGGUUGCUACUGCAUUAGAUGGAAACUCGAAUUUAUAUCCUAUUGCAUUUGGAGUUGUCGACUCAGAGAAUGACCUCGCGUGGAACUGGUUUAUGAGACAACUUAAUGUGGUCAUUGCUGACGGGCAUAGUUUAGCUUUUGUGUCUGAUAGGAAUUCCUCGAUUGUUAAAGCUAUUGCUAACGUGUACCCGCAAGCUCAUCACGGAAUUUGCAUUCACCACUUGCUGAAUAAUGUUGUAACAUAUUGUAGUGGGAAAGGUGUGGCUGGUUUGGUUGCAAAGGCUUCUAAAGCUUAUCGAGCUGCUGAUUUUCGUAAGCUGUUCACUGCUAUUUACUCUAUUAGUCCUGAAAUUGGAAAUUAUCUCAUAGAAGACGAUGUGAGGAAGUGGGCUCGUUGUCAAUUCUCGGAUUACAGGUAUGAUAUCAACACUACUAACCCUGCAGAGUUGAUAAAUUCUGCUUUGCGUAUGCCUAGAAAGUUUCCAGAAGGAGUUUGCGUUACCAAGCAAGAUAAGACCAUUGAUCCAGAGCAUUUCUAUGAGAGUCCAAAAGGCACUAGAGACUCUGUGUUUCUCGUGGAAGCGUACAAUGAAAAUGGUGAUCUUCUAGAGAAAGAUGAGACAUAG